AAUUUCAAUUCAAAGGAGGAAAAAACAUUUGGUUUAUUUAAACAAAUAAAGAGCGAUAAGUCAAAAAUAGAAAGAAAAUGAAAAUUGAAGAAGUUAAAAGUACAGUACGCACACAGCGCAUUGCUGCCCACAGUCAUGUGAAGGGUUUAGGACUCAAUUCGGACGGCGUGCCAUUACCGAUGGCCGCAGGUCUCGUGGGACAGAAGACUGCACGUGAAGCAGCCGGAAUAGUAGUCGAUUUAAUCAAGUCGAAAAAAAUGGCAGGUCGUGCUUUGUUGCUGGCUGGUCCUCCUGGCACUGGAAAAACAGCAAUUGCCUUAGCUAUUGCACAGGAGUUGGGCAAUAAAGUGCCUUUUUGUCCAAUGGUCGGUUCUGAGGUUUUCAGCAGUGAAAUUAAAAAGACAGAAGUGCUUAUGGAAAAUUUUCGGCGUUCAAUCGGACUUCGAAUAAGAGAAACAAAAGAAGUAUAUGAGGGUGAAGUUACGGAAUUAACGCCGGUCGAAACUGAAAAUCCAAUGGGUGGUUACGGAAAGACUAUUAGCAACGUUGUCAUUGGCUUGAAAACUGCUAAGGGGACCAAACAACUAAAACUUGACCCCAGCAUUUUCGAAGCUUUGCAAAAGGAAAAAGUGGAAGUUGGAGAUGUUAUUUAUAUAGAAGCCAAUAGUGGUGCUGUAAAACGGCAAGGGCGAAGUGACACUUUUGCUACGGAAUUUGAUUUAGAAACUGAGGAAUAUGUUCCGUUGCCUAAAGGCGAUGUCCACAAAAAGAAAGAAGUUAUACAGGACGUGACUCUACACGAUCUCGACGUGGCUAAUGCUAGACCUCAGGGAGGGCAAGACGUUUUGUCCAUGAUGGGUCAACUCAUGAAGCCAAAAAAAACUGAGAUUACCGACAAGUUGCGAAUGGAAAUCAACAAAGUGGUCAAUAAGUACAUAGAUCAAGGUAUUGCCGAAUUAGUUCCUGGAGUUCUGUUCAUAGAUGAAAUACAUAUGCUUGACCUGGAGACGUUUACUUAUUUACACAAGUCUUUAGAAUCUCCCAUUGCACCAAUUGUUAUAUUCGCUACAAAUCGAGGACGCUGCGUAAUAAGAGGCACCACAGACAUUGUUUCUCCACAUGGCAUACCACUAGAUCUCUUGGACCGUCUCCUAAUCAUUAGGACACUACCCUAUCAUUCUAGUGAAAUUGAACAAAUUAUAAAGUUGCGUGCCCAGACUGAAGGACUCCAAUUAGAAGAUACUGCAUUUGGGCGGCUAAGUGAAAUAGGCAGUGCUUCAACUCUGCGUUAUGCAGUACAACUAUUAACACCCGCUCAUCAAAUGUGUAAGGUUAAUGGUCGCACACAGAUUACGAAAGAAGAUAUUGAUGAUGUACACGCACUAUUUUUAGAUGCCAAGCGUUCAUCAAAACAUCUAUCAGAAAAAAAUAAUAAAUUUAUGAUGUAAAUUAGUUUCUUCAUAAUUUCAAAUAAAAUACAAAACCCAAGAUUUGAAA